AUUACUAAUGAUAAAAUAUCUUUUCCAGAUAUGAACUUCUUACACCAAAUGCUAUUCCAAAAGGUUUUAUGGAUGGAAAAUUAGCCUGUGAAAAAAUGAUUUUAGCUCUUGACUUGGAUCCAAACUUAUAUAGAGUUGGACAGAGUAAAAUCUUCUUCCGUGCAGGUAUUUUAGCUCAACUAGAAGAAGAACGUGAUAUGAAAAUUUCUGAUUUGAUUAUUCAGUUUCAAGCUUGUUGCAGAGGUCUUUUAGCUCGCAGAAAUUACCAGAAACGCUUACAACAGUUAAAUGCAAUACGUAUUAUUCAGAGGAAUUGUGCUGCAUACAUGAAGCUUCGAAAUUGGUCCUGGUGGAGACUAUAUACAAAAGUAAAACCACUUUUACAAGUUACAAAACAAGAAGAAAAAUUAAAUGCUAAAGAAGAUGAAUUAAGACAAGUUAAAGAAAAAAUGGAAAAAGCAGAACAAGAUGUAGGAGACUUAGAAAAAAAACUGCAANAAUUGAUUGGAAAAAAAAACUAUUAA